GAAAAAGAAAACUGUCUCAGAAUAAGCUGAGGUUGCAGGUUCUGGCCAGAGACAUGAGAUCAGGUUGCACAAGUGUGAGGAUUCAAAGCUGAGCUACUGAUCAUUUGCCCUAGCGCCAGCUUAUGGUAGUUUUUCUUGUUACCUUAUGGGGCUUUUAAGUCUCUUUUUUCCAUACGCAUUUUUAUUAAAAAAACCUAAAAACUUAAUUAUGGAGAAUUUCAAACAAAUACAAAAGUAAAUACAAUAGUAUAUAGAAUUUCCAUGAACCCACUGCUCAGCUUUAACAGUUUCAACUCAUGGGCACUGACUCUCCUCCCUUAUUAUUUUGAAACAAAUCCCAGACAUUAUAGAAUUUCAUCUGAAUUAUUUCAGUAUGAUUCUCUAAAAGAUAAGGACUUUAAACCACAUGCCAUUAUCACAAUUAAAAAAAAUUUUAUAAUCAUUCCUUAAUAGUGACUAUCCAGUAUAUUUGAAUUUUCAAUUUGAAUAAUGUCCCAUAAAUGCCAACUAAAAAAAUUUUUUUCAGUUCAUUUGAAUCAGAAUCCAAUUAAGAUCUAUAUGUACUGGUUUUUAUACAGGUAUAAAUUUUUGAACCGUAGUGUCUUAGAGAUGAUACAUUCAAUUUUUAUAGGGCCAUUAAUACCUGAACUAUUUAUUAUUCUUUCAUUAUAAUAUAUUGACCUGAUAUAUUAAAACCUAGCUAUUCCAUUAUUAAUUUAUGAUUGGUAAGGUCACUAAAGUUUCAUACAUACCCUUUUCUGCCCUGACCCUGACAAAGGAUCUCAGGCCUGGUUGCACUUAGAAUCUUGGGGGUGUUUGAUGGCAGUGGUGAUAGUAAAAUACACAUAAUAUAAACAAUACCACGUUAACCAUUUUUAAGCAUACAAUUCAGUGGUAUUAAGUACACUCACAUUAUUGUAUGACCAGCCCCAUCCACCUCCAGAAUUCAUCUUGCAAAACUGAAACUCUGUGUAUAUUAAAUACUAACUCCCAUUCCCCUUUCCUUAGCCCCUGGUCACCACCAUUCAGUUUUCUAUCUCUAUGAAUCUGACCCCUCUAGGGACCUCAUAUUAGUGGAAUCAUACAAUAUUUGUCCUUUUAUGACUGGCUUAUUUUACUUAGCAUAAUGUCUUCAAGGUCAUGGAACCUUGAUUUUUGCAGCAUCACUGCACUUACAGUUCCUUGGAUAUGUUCUUUCCUCCUUGCACAGAUAGAAAAGAGUUCAUAUUUAUGCCUUAUAAAUAAAGGAAGAAUAGAAGAGACAAAAUAUUCAUAUAUUAACACUCUCCUACUUAUAAAAAUCAUCCAGAUUAUGCAUAUCAAUUCUUAUCACCUUUCUCAGAUACCUUUUUGAACUACCUUUUUGAAGACUUCAUAUAUGAACUUUCUUCUUUUGAGUAUCUUAUGGAGUCACAACCAUUCCCAGACAUUUCACUUAAGCAUAAUGAUUAUAUAUUUUAGGGUGCUCAAAUUGUUACAGCCUGAACAGUGAUGUUGCAUUUAAUUAACAUCUUUGUCUUUGUGACACUACCUGACAUCCUUGAAAAUAUCCUUGCUUUCCGGCAUCAACAGGAUGCUUGUAGACCCAUCCUGAGUUUUUCUUGUCUCAAGAAAUGGAAACAGCUAUUCUCGGACAGCUCCUUGUUAUUUUAAUGGAUUCAGGAGUGAGAAUGACCAGGAGAGCCCUCCAUGAGAAAGGCCUGAAGACAGAGCCUCCCAGGAGGCUCCUUCCCAGAAGGGGCCUCCGGACAAAUGCCCGGCCCAGUCCCGCGGUGCCUCCGGACACCAGAGCGCCCGGGGGAGGAAGCAAGGCCCCGAGGGCGCCCAGGAUGAUCCCCCAGGGAAAGGGCAGGUGAGCCUGCUCCCCAGGCAAGGGGAGGCCCUUAGGCCUCUCUUGGCCUCCCCAAGAUCCAGCCACCCACCCGUGCCCCGAGGGUGGAAAGAACUUCCCGGCUAGACAGCCGCCACAGGAACGUCGGGGGCGAGCGGCCCGAGCCCGCCCGGAACCUAAGGUCACGGCACCCAGCAACACUUGCACGAUGAGCAGGCCCACCGGCCCACCAGCACCCCGAGUACCGACACGGCUUCGGGCCCACUCGGACCACACCCAGCGCCUGAGCCACUUGGCAACCGGACGCCCCGGCUGCGCUGGAGUGUGGGCUGGGCGCCAGGGUCCCAGGGCCCACCUCGCCUGCGCCCGCGCUCCCACUCCGCUACCGCCCGGUGUGCGCAGGGCGCAGGCGCCCGGACCCUGGGAGGGAGCAGCACCAGAGCAACGCCCCGGAGCCCGCUGGCUUCCCACCUCUCGCAAUGCCGGGCCGUGCCGGUGGGCGGUGUGGCACCUGGGCCCCGCAAGGCCCUCAGCCCCCGCCCCCACCUUUCCUACCCCCACCCUCCCCUACCCACUCCACCCCCUCCCACUUCCACCCCCAGCCCCACCCACACCCCAAUCCUUCCUACCCCCUCACCACUCUAGCCCUACCCUUCCUUCCCCUACCUUCUCCUACCCACAGCCACCCACACCCCACACCCACUCCUACACCCACACCUCCACUCCCACCCGCAGCCUCUUCCAUCCCAGCAGGCCCACAGAUGUCAGGCACUGGCGGGGUUACCUCAAGCACCAGAGGACUUGCAGCAAGAGCUUCCAACAGAUACCAACCUUGCCAGUUCCCUGGGAACCCAAUGGGCCAGAGGCCUUUUCUGCCCAGGUGCCUGCCUCAGGGCCUUGCACUGUGCGAACUACGUGGAGAUGGGGAAGGCAGCCUGGGCUCGUGGGGAAGGCCCAAGGCUUCUGGUGCAGCCCUGAGCCAGCCCCAGCACACUUGAAAAAUCUCCACCUGGAGAAGUCCCAGGGCGAAUGAGCUGCUUUAGAGGUCCAAGGGCUUUCACCAAGCUCUUGCUUCCCAACUCUACUGCUGGGUCUGUCACACUAUGAACUUAUAAUGUCUCCAUUUAUUGAGGGCUUACUCUGUGCCAGGCCUUGUGUUUUAUAGGAAUUAUUUCAUUUAAUCUUAUAACAUCCCUGUGACCUUGGUGUUCUCAAUAUCAGCAUUUACAGGAGAAACUAAGUCUCAGAGAGGUUUAGGAAGCUGCCCAAAGCUACACAGCCAGUAUGUGGCAGAACAGCAUUCAGACCCAGGUUCCCUUGCCUAACUCCACAGCCUGCCCUGCUGCAUGCUUCACCUGCAAGUUGGGAAGGAGCAUCCAUUUUUUCUUGUGGUAAUUACAUAAAACACUUUGUAUGCUAAUGUAAGCAGACAGUCCCUGAAAUGAAAGUUUUUGCACCAGUAGUUGAGGUAAAACUUGAGACUGUCAUAGAAAUUUCAUGCUAAGGCCAGUUCUUCAGGCUCAGCCCACAGAUCCUUGAAGUGACCCCUUCUCAGACCUCUGCUUUUAGCCAGUUGUUGACCAAGGAAGCUCUGCUCCAGGACCAGCUCCAGUGUGGAGCCUUCCUGGAGGCCAAGGAAAAUGGCCUCUCCACAGUGUACCAGCCCACAUGGUGGCUUGGGAAGCUCAUCCAGUUCUUCUGGGCUAAGGUUUCCAAAUUCCAGCAGAUAUUUUGUUUGCAAAACUUGAUAUUUCUAAGGACAUCAUUCCUAGAAUUUGUGUAAGGCAUACGAUGCAUGUAAACUGAUUAAUAUUAUGAAAAUGACUCACUGUUAACAGCCGACAGGGCCACAGAUACACUUUUAAUAUGGCAACAGCUACAAAAAAGACUGAUCAUAUUGUCACCACUUCUUUCUAAUGUGCUCCUGUCCCAAGUUCCAUAACUGUCUACCUUAACCUUGGACUCUAUGUGCC